AUGACGGACAAUUCACAAAUUCAGGAUCCCCCUGCCGCCAACAAUGAAGGCCGCCCUAGAUUGCCCAAGAAAAGAUUUGUCGGUAGAAAAACCGUGGGCGCCCAAGCACUGCAAGAUGGGCCCGUCUCGGAAAAAUCGACACAUCAAAUUCAGACAAGUAACUAUAGGUCCUAUUUCUACUUGUCAAAUCUUGCUACUAAUAAGCACUGUUUGCUCCCAGCCCAACCCCGCCGUGCCCCACGUGCAGUCAACCAGAUCCCCUCAGACAUUCUAGAUAACGAGGACAUCAAAGCUGCUAUUUCUCUACUACCGCGGAACUAUUCCUUUGAGAUCCCCAAGACGAUCCACCGUAUCCGAACUUCCGGUGCAAAGCGUGUUGCUCUUCAGUUUCCAGAGGGCCUGCUUCUCUUUGCAACCACAAUCUCAGAUAUUUUAGCCCAAUUUUGUCCUGGAAUAGAGACUUUGAUUAUGGGAGAUGUGACAUACGGGGCAUGUUGUAUCGAUGACUAUACCGCUCGAGCGCUAGGGUGCGAUCUGCUUGUCCACUAUGCCCACAGUUGCUUGAUUCCAGUCGAUGUGACCACGAUCAAAACUCUAUACAUUUUUGUGGACAUAAGCAUCGACACGGAACACCUAAUCGCCACCUUGGAGCGAAACUUUGCUGCCGGAAAGACGAUAGCUGUGGUGGGAACCAUCCAAUUCAACGCAACUCUGCACGGUCUGAGGGCCGUCCUUGAGAAAGCCGGCUUUCGAAUUGUCGUACCACAAAUCAUGCCAUUGAGCAAAGGCGAAAUUUUAGGGUGCACUUCCCCACAGCUACCGAAGAGCGAAAUUGAUAUUCUUUUGUACCUCGGCGAUGGCAGAUUCCAUCUCGAAUCUGCGAUGAUACACAACCCAUCAAUCCCGGCAUAUAGAUAUGAUCCGUAUUCGAGGAUAUUGAGUCGCGAAAAAUAUGAUCAUGAGGAAAUGCAAACUCUCCGGAAAGACGCAAUACAGUUGGCACGAUCCGCUAAGAAAUGGGGUAUUAUCUUAGGUUCCUUGGGUAGACAGGGAAAUCCAAAUACAAUGACAUUGAUAGAGAAGCACCUGAAUGAUAGGGCCAUUCCGUUUGUAAAUAUCUUGCUUAGCGAGAUAUUCCCGGGAAAAUUGGCUACUAUGCCUGACAUUGAGUGCUGGGUGCAAAUCGCAUGUCCAAGAUUAAGUAUAGAUUGGGGCUAUGCAUUCCCUCGCCCACUACUUACACCCUACGAAGCCCUUAUUACUCUAGGUGUUCGUGAGGAUUGGACAACGGCAAAUGAUGGAAUAUACCCAAUGGACUUCUAUGCUAAGGAUGGGUUGGGAAGGACAAAACCAAUAACAUCUACAGUAUGA